CAAUUCAUGCAAACCAUUCAGGUUGCAGGGGGACAAGCAGUUUCCUUCAUUACACUUUAUUGGUACAGUACCGACCUUUGACCAUCCAAGCAACCACACACACAAACAUUGCAAACAACUAAUAAUCAAUAUAUCACUACCACCACCAUGACAAUAUCCCGUUAUUAUUCACGGCGCUGGAAUAAUAUGUUCCCGUGGCUGAUUAUUAUCGUGCUAUUCAGCCCCUCUGUGUUGGUGUCUUCCAGUACCAGUGGCGGCAAUAAGCAGGGAAUGAUCACCAUGGCCGAUGCGGCUCCUACGGGUCAGAGCCGGUUUGAAGAAGUUCGAGAUCGAGAACGUCGUCGACGAGACCGCGAACGACGUCGUGAACAAUCCAAACCACAUCCCGGACGAAAGGGCAAUAAAAAUAAUUUCAAUAAUCAACAGCAGCAACAACAGCAACAACAGCAAGGAGAAGGAGGAGAGGGCUACGAAUUCCUGAUGACUGGAGCCUCUCAAUUUACACUCUUUCAGCAACCCAAAGAUAUUUUUGAAGGGACCAUCAAGGCAUUGCAGAGUGCCUUUUUGGGAGCCUCUGUGGGAUUGGUCUCGGUGAUCUCAUUUCCCAUUUUAGGUGUCUACAGUCAAGUAAGGGCUGCUGAAGAUGGAAAACCAGAAGAAAAAUCCCAUCCCAUUUUGGGAUUGAUUGUGGGAACCAUCUUGGGAGGUAUCACUGGAUUUGUUUCCGCAUUGGCUGGAGCCGUCACGGCUGCCUUUCAAGUUGGAUUUGGACUAUGGAAUACUUUCGGAUCCAUGAAAUCAAAAUUGCAGGGAAUGAGAUGGGAUGAACGAACGCGGGCUUGGAUCCAUUAUAAUCUCAAGGAAGAAGCAGAAGAAUUGAAUUUAGGAGCAUCAGAAGGAGACAGCAAACGAAGAACUGCAAGUCAUGUUCAAGAUACUGGAUUUUAUGACUUUUUGGGUGUGCAACCGGACGCAUCGGCCAAGGAAAUCAAGCGUGCCUAUUACCAAAAAGCAAAAACAAUGCAUCCAGACAAACGACCCGAUGAUCCCGAAAAGGCUGCGGAGGACUUUUUGAAAUUGCAUUCAGCCUAUCAAACCUUGAGUGACGAGCAAAAACGAGCCGACUACGACAAAUACGGUGUUUCUGGAGACGGUGGAGCCAUUGGAGAUGCUCCGUUCGACGUCUCUGUCUUUUUCGCCGUCAUGUUUGACUUUCAACAGGUAGAACCAUAUAUUGGUGAAUUGACCAUUGCUGCCUUUAUCGAUGCAGUCAUCAAACUGAGUCAAAUGGCAAACCAAGAUGCGAACAAUGCAAAACUACUCUACGAGCAAGUCUGGGGCAGCGAUACCAAACCUCGAAAACGACAGGUAGAAAUUGCUCAGAAUCUGCUCUCGCGCAUAGAAGCAUACGUGGCCGGAACGCAAUCUGCAGAAGACUUUCGUCAAUCCGCUGCAGACGAAGCCGACAAAAUCAUUCGGGGUGGUGGCAGCAGCAAUGAUCUCUUGGGAUUCACUGACCAAUUGCUCGAUACCAUUGGCACCAGCUUGAAAUUGGAGGCUGGACAUUACUUGGCCUUUCAUCAGCGUACUCCAUUUAUCGCUUGGCCCUUCAAGGGGACACUGUAUGCAGCCAGUCGCAAAAAGAACCUAUGGGCGCGGCGGCUACGGUCUGCCACCAAAACCAUUCAAUUGGUUAUCAAUGCCGUCAAAAUUGAAAAGAAAGACGGUGGCGACGACAAGAAACCUAACAAACAGGAAAAAGAUGCCUCGGAGUAUGAAGAGCUCCUGCCCGAUUUGACUGACAUGGCGGGAGCGUACAUUCUUUCGGAUAUUUCCCAAGCGAUCCAAGGGGCUUGCUGGAGGCUUUUCUUUGAUUCCGGCGUGGAAAAAGUCACACGCAGGCGGCGAGCAGAGGCAUUGGAGAUGUUGGGGCAGGAGUUUCUGCGCCUUGGACGUCCCAAGAAUCGCGGUGACAACAAGACCGAAUGCGUCGACAAGAACGCAAGAAGCGAAGGCGUCAAAGAGAAGCUGAAGCGGGCUUUUGAAAUAUCGCAAAUGAAGGCUAAAGGCGAAUAACGUUCCUUGCGAGGCACGCACGGUACGGGCUUGGACGACCGACCGAGACUACGAAAGUCAUCUUCACAAUCUACAUAAAACGCAUUAUUUGUAUCGAAGUAACUGUUUCAUCAUUCUAUUACAGCACAUCAUUUCUAGAACAGUAUUUUAGUCAUGGGCGAAAGGGCCAAUGUUCAUACGAACGCAUUAUUUGUAUUGAAGUAACUAUUUCAUCAUUCUAUUACAGCAGAUC